AUGUGCUUUGAUAUUGAACUAAAACAAGAUUAUACAAAAGUAUUAUUUAUCUUGGAAGCCAAUGAAAUUUAUGGAUCAUGGAUGUUCAAUUUUGGAGAACCACGCUAUUGGAGAACUAUUCAGGUUACAAAAGACGACAUUUUUGUUGAUAAUGUAAAACGUCUCAAAUACUGGCCGUUCCUGUCUGUUGAUCCUCAACAGACACUGAAUUCGAGUGUUUCUUAUCUCACAAAUUUAUUCGAUAUCAAUGUUCGCGAUGUUCUGAUAGCUCCCGAUGAUUUUCCUGAAACCAGAACAUCUAUUUUCCCAGGAUGUAAUCAAUGUCAGAAAGUCAUAAUCACCGGAAAGAAACCAAUUUUAAAAAAAUAUAUGAGAAACUUUAUCGAAAACGUCAACAUAAAAGAACACCUUUCGUUUACAAUUCCAGUUGACUGCCACUUUUAUUGUGAUCCAAUUAAUUUCAAAAAGGGAGAAAUAAUAUUUGGAAAUACUUCAACUGGUUGGAUUACUCGAGAUAUUUUAUUCAAGUUUAAAAAUUCAAGAAUUCAAUUAUAUGGUAGCAAUACUCGCAACUUGAACGCAAACGAUUUUGAUCGGUUUGUGGAUAGAUGGUAUCGAUCUGAUGAUACUGAAUUUGAACUACUUAUGAUCAACUGGAAACAGUAUCCUGGAAGUCUAAACAUCUCGAAAUUCAAGCCGUUUGCAUGGAAUGAAAAUAGAAGAAGUCAAAACUUUCGAUUAUUGAAUACUGUGGCGUUAGACUGUUCUCAAGCAUACGACAUCCUUCGGCAUGAUGGAGCAUUGGCAACAAUUCUGACGAAUAGAGUCAACUCGUUGGUUUUUUAUGUCUGGAAUGUUCGAUUUCCUGAUACCACUGGAUUGGAAGUACAGUAA